ACCGCUCCAACAAAGCCCGCCCAGCCAUGACAGCAGCAAACGCGUUCUAAUAGUCCUUAUCGUCGACUAUCAAUGCCCUGGGCCGAUUCUCGGACGCGUGACUGUCUGAAUGACCGGUUCACUGCCCGUGAUUACCCGUCCACUAUCUCCCCUCCCUCGUCUCCUUGAAGCCGCCGACACUCUCAUACGCCAGUGCAUACUCCAACCUCCAAUUUAAAGCCUCUUUGCUACACCCAGUACCUGAAAAAGCGUCGAGUCGAGAAAUUCAACAUGGGCCGUCUGGAGAACAAGAACUGCAUCAUUACCGGAGGCGCUGGUGGAAUUGGUCUUGAGACGGGCAUUCUUUUUGCUAGGGAGGGCGCCAAUGUCCUUCUCUCUGAUAUUUCCGGCCCGGCCUUGGAAAAGGCUGCUGCCAAGCUGAAAGAGGUGGUUCCAGAGGCCAAGAAAGUUGAGACCAAGGUCAGCGAUGUAUCCAAAGAAGCCGAUGUCCAGGCUAUGAUUGAGCACGUGGAUUCAUGGGGUGGCGUAGAUGUCCUGUUCAACAACGCAGGUAUCAUGCACGCCAACGACGACGAUGCUGUCAACACGCCUGAGAAGAUCUGGGACUUGACCCAAGCCAUCAACGUAAAGGGCGUAUGGUUUGGUUGCAAGCACGCAGUCAACAGCUUCAGAAAGCACGGCAAGAAGAAGACGAGCGUCAUCAACACCGCCAGUGUGGUUGCAUUGGUGGGCAGCGCAACACCACAGCUCGCAUACACAGCAAGCAAGGGCGCUGUUUUGGCCAUGACCAGGGAACUGGCAAUGGUCCACGCACGUGAGGGCUUCAGGUUCAACUCGCUGUGCCCAGCACCAUUGAACACACCUCUCCUUCAAGACUGGCUCGGUGACGACAAAGAGAAGCGUCACCGUCGCGAAGUCCACUUCCCCACAGGCCGUUUUGGCGAGGCAAUUGAGCAGGCUCAAGGUGUCCUAUUCCUUGCCAGCGACGAGAGCAGCUUUGUUAACGGAACUGACUUUGUCAUUGACGGUGGCAUGACCAAGUGCUACACCACGCCUACUGGGCCUCCCCUGGAUGCGCCCAAGAACAACGCAAAAUAAGUGCGGAUUGGGCGUUGUGAAUGAAAGCGACUGUCAGAGUGCGAGGAAGCACAUAGGCAGUCAUGUAUAGCAAUGAUAAAUAACGGAUGAAUGAUACCAAUACAUAUACCAA